AUGUUCACCAUCCAGCCAGGGCUAGCUGAGGGGGGCCAGUUCCCAGGGGGCCCACCGGGAGUAUGUCAGCCAGAGUUCCAACCAGACAACAACUCUAACUUCAUGGCAAGUGUCAAAGACGCCAAUGAGAAUUGGCAUGGGAUGCCUGACCAUGUGGAGCCCAUACCGAUGAGGAGCUCCUCUGAGUUGCCCUCUGACAACCAGGCCUUCCAGGACCCCGGACUCCCUAAGGGGGAGGUGCGCAGCCCCCCAGAAGGGGCAGAAAUCCCCAGAGCUAAGCUUGAGAAGCUGGGCAGCGCCAGCGCGGUCUGCUCCCCGCUGGAGGACAACGGCUAUGCCAGCAGCUCUCCAAGCACCGAUGGCUCCAGCAGCAGUCCUGAGCCGGCCUGUGGGACCCCCCGAGGCCUGGGGCCUGCAGAUCCCCUUCUGCCCUCGGUGGCCCGGGCUGUGCAGCAGCUGCAGGCCCAGGAGCGCUACAAAGAGCAGGAGAAGGAGAAGCACCAUGCGCACCUAGUGAUGUACCGCCGGUUGACCCUGCUGCAGUGGAUACGGGGCCUGCAGCACCAGCUGGUAGACCAGCAGGCCCGCCUGCAGGAGAGCUUCGACACCAUCCUGGACAACCGGAAGGAGCUGAUCCGCUGUCUCCAACAGAGGGCAGCCCCCUCUGGGCCCCAGGAGCAGGGCUAAGGGGUCCCAUUGCUCCGGAGAGAGGGCUAGCCUGCAGUAUUUAUCUGAGGGUUGUGGCUGAUCCAGUCCCCUGAGAUUUCCCAGGCCGGCUCUCCACCCUCUCCCCAUCCCUCCUCUCAGACUUCGCUCUGCUAAGGCUAUUGUCCCUGAUGGUGGAUUUUCUGUGGGAAGUAUGGUGGCUGCUCUGGCCUGCUGUGGCUUUUUGGCCACAGUUCUGCCAGGGCACCUGGUAGAGAAUUAGUGUGAGGGAGGGGAGCCAGGGGUGGUAAUCAACACUGUGGCAGGGAUGGAGGCAGGUGGGAUCAGAGAAGAAGAUAAAGGGCUGUCUCACUUGAACUCUGCCUUGGGGCACAUGGGAGAUGGGGAUGGGGGAGAAGAGAGCGCAGAACCCUGUGAAGAAAAGGAGAAAGGGAAUUCUAAAAUACCACUUUGAAACAAAGCACACUUCUCCACGGCAAAGGAGCUGUUGCAGACCAUAUU